GAUGCUUAUGGGUGCGGGACGAGACACGGCGCGGGAUGAGGCCCAGAAGCUUCACAGGAAGUGGCUGAAGCACCAGGCCUUCAUGGCCGAGCUGGCCCGCAACAAAGAAUGGCUGGCCAAGAUAGAGCAGGAGGGCCAGGAGCUGAUCGAUGAGAAGCCGGAGCUGCGUUCGGUGGUGCAGCAGAAGCUGGAGGAGAUCAGGGAGUGCUGGACGGACCUGGAGAGCACCACCAAGGCCAAGGCCCGGGCUCUGUUUGAGAACAACAAGCCAGAGCCGGUGGUGAAGAGCUACUCAGACCUGGACCACCAGCUCUCUGGCCUGGAGAAACAGCCCCCCCAGCUGGAGCAGGCUCAUCACCUACCCACCUUCAACGAGCAGCUGCAGAAAUUUCAGUCUCAGAUGGGGAACAUGUACAAGGACGUAGGGGAACUAGGGUCCCUCCAGGGGGUGUGCCUCCCCCAGCGAGGCAGCCUGGUGAAGGGUGGCGAGGGAGAAGGGGGCGAGCAGCCAGCCGUAGUGGAGACCCGCAUCGUGCGCCUCAUCGAGCCCCUGAAGGAGAGACGACGCAUCCUGCUGGCCUCCAAAGAGAUGCACCAGGUCGCUCAGGACCUGGAGGAAGAGAUACUGUGGAUCCAGGAGCGGCUUCCUCUGGCCUCCUCUAAGGAUUACGGCAACAACCUGCAGAGUGUUCAGCAGCAUGUCAAGAUCAACCAGACACUGCAGAGGGAUCUGCAGGGGCGCCAAGCACGGGUGGAGGAGGUGUUGGACCGGGCGGGGAUCAUCGCCUCUCUGCGGACCCCUGAGGUUGACUUUGUGCGUGAGGGGGCGGGGCAUGUGCGUCAGGUGUGGGAGGUGCUGAGGCUGGAGGCGGAGAGGAGGUCUGUGAUGCUGGAUGUGGUGCUGCUGGCCCAGCAGUACUACAGCGAGGCAGCCAAGGUGGAGUCCUGGCUGGCAGGCCAGAAACUGCACCUCAUCAAUGAGGAGAAGGGCACGGACGAGGAGAGCACCCUGCAGCUGCUGAAGGAGCACCUGGCCUUGGAGGCGACAGUGGAGAACUACGCUGAGACAGUGGGCAUGCUCUCCCAGCAGUGUCAGCAACAGCUGGAGCUGGGGCACCCAGAUAGUGAGGGGAUCACCAAGCAGCAGUCCCACAUAGACCGUCUGUAUGUGUCUCUGAAGGACAUGGUGGAGCACAGGAAGACCAAGCUGGAGCAGCAGUACUGGAUGUACCAGCUCAACAGAGAGGUGGAGGAGUUAGAGAAGUGGAUCACUGAGAGGGAGGCCGUUGCCAGCUCCACUGAGCUGGGUCAAGACCUGGAGCAUGUCACGUUGCUACAGGAAAAAUUCACCAAGUUCUGCUCAGAGACCAACAGCAUAGGCCAGCAGAGGAUGGAGCAGGUGAAUAAGAUGGUGAAUGAGAUGAUAGACUGUGGCCACACGGACGCGGCCACCAUAGCUGAGUGGAAGGACGGACUGAACGAGUCAUGGGCCGACCUACUGGAGCUCAUGGAGACCCGAAGACAGAUGCUGGCAGCAUCACACCAGCUGCACAAGUUCUUCACCGACUGCAAAGAGGUACAGCUCAGUGUUUCUCCAAGAUUAUUUUCUAGGUUCCCCAAGAUUAUUUUCAAUAAGCAGAGGGAAACAUAG